CCGCAACGCGUGGGUCUCCAACAGCAGCUCACAGGAGCGAGAAAGCCCAGCAACAAACCAACGACCCGCAUGCAUGCCAUUCCCCGCUCCUGACCAACUCACCACAACACUUCGUCAAUCGGAGCCGCGAUGCUCGCCGCAUCCCCCGGCAACAGUAAACGGCCGCGGCCGACGCCCGACGCGGUUAAAGCACCAAAACCACGCGUCCUCGGCGGCUUUUUGGCCGACGAUGACUCGGACGACGAUGAACGCCCGGAGGAGCCGUCGCCCAAGCGGCGAAUGCUGCACCAUGAUGCCGAUACCCAGCCGCCGGUCGAGGAGACCACUGCUCGCGACGCUAUCUCUACCCCUCCUCACAGCCAGCCGCAGCACGAAUCCGACCGCGACCGCGAAGAAGAGGCGGAGCGUUACGAGCGCCUCUUCGGCACGCAGGGCCCACGUAUUCUGGAAACUUUUACACGCGAACUCGAUCCUAGCCCCCUCGCCUAUCAGAUGUCAAAAUGUUCCGGCCAGGUCGUGCCCAUCCGCGAGCGCAAACCGGCCGCGCCAGUUUCCUACGCGACCAUGGUGGCAGCCCGGUCGAGGACCAAGGAAGGCAGGGCUCACAGGAGCUAUUACGGCAUCGCCAUCCACGAAUUGAUCGAUAGCGCCAACAAGGAGCUGGCGCGAGCCCGCAAGGAGUCCGAGUCCAAGUCCGCCGUCCCUGCACCAGUCACUCCUCCAGCGAACCCGGACCACCCCAUGCGCUCCGUCGAAGGCCAGCAGGCCAACCCCAGGAAGCCCAGACGCACCAUGCUCUGGACCGAGAAAUACCGUGCCCGCACCUUCAUGGACCUCGUUGGCGACGACCUCACCAAUCGCCAGGUCCUCCGCUGGCUGAAGCGCUGGGACCCCAUCGUCUUCCCGCACGCCGCCAAAAGCAAGCCAUCAGUCGGUGGCGGGAGGAGACAUGCUCAUCAGACCGAAGAAGAGAAGCCGCAUCGCAAAAUCCUCGUGCUACACGGGCCUCCUGGACUUGGCAAGACCACGCUGGCUCAUGUCUGUGCCCGGCAGGCCGGCUACGAGGUCAUGGAGAUCAAUGCGAGCGACGAGCGGAGCAAGGACGUCGUCAAGGGGCGCAUCAGGACAAGUUUGGGGACCGAGAAUGUCAAGACUGUCGAGAAUAGACGACCGGAGCCGGGGAAGCAGCAAAAGGUGGCCCGCCCUGUGUGCGUGGUUGUGGAUGAGGUCGACGGCGUCGUUGGCGGCUCGGGAGGCUCGGGUGAGGGUGGCUUUGUCAAGGCGUUGAUUGACCUCGUGAUGCUGGAUCAGAGGAACGCUAGCAGUGCGGGAGACGGGCAGAGCUCGGCGGGGCGGAGGAAGAAGAAGGGAGACAACUUCAGGCAGAUGAGGCCGCUGAUUCUCAUCUGCAAUGACGUUUACCACCCGUCCCUCCGACCGCUGCGACAGUCUGGCCUUGCGGAGGUUAUCCAUGUCGGGAAGCCGACCGUGGAGGCCGUGGUUAACCGGCUCAAAACCAUCUUCGAGAAGGAGGGUAUCCCUUGCGAGAAGGAUGCCGUGCGCAAGCUGUGCGAGGCGUCCUGGGGCAUGACAAGUGGCAUUGAUGCCAAGCGGGGCGCUGAAAGCAACGCCGAGGGCGACCUCCGAGGCGUUAUGGUCGUGGGAGAAUGGGUCGCUGGCCGGCUCAGGUCGGCUUCCAGGGAUGCUGCGAGCAACCUCUGCCUCACCCGGCAGUGGCUCGACACACACAUCAUGCACGAGCUUGCCCAUGGUGGAGGAGGCGCGAGAGGCCUGGGCCGUGGCGGUGUGAAGGAGAUCGUCACACGUGUGUUCCAAGAGGGCGCCGGCUUCCCAAAGCCGUCCGCCCCCUCCGUCCAAGCAAGCAAGCAGGCUUACAUCCUCCACGAGCAACCUCAGGCCCAGCUGGGCUUUUCCGAGCAACAAAAGAAGUACGCCAUGACUCGCCUCGGCGAGAUGAUCGACGCUUCCGGCGAGAUCGAUCGCAUUAUGACCGAAAUCUUCCUCGAGUACCCCAACCGCGAGUUCAACGACGACUCGUUUCUCACCAAACCUGACCUCGCCUACGAGUGGCUACACUUCCACGAUACCUGCUCCUCCCGCCUCUUCGCCAGCCAAGAGUGGGAGCUGGCGCCCUACGUCAGCCAGCCCAUCCUUGCCUGCCACCACCUCUUCGCCUCUCCGCGGCGGUACCAGCCACCGGCGGCAGCCGGCCACGACAACGACGCCGACGCUCAGCCGCUGCCCUUCUCCGGGCCCAGAGCCGAUUACGCGGCGCACGAAGCCGAGAAGGCCAACCGCGCCGCGCUGCAGGCGAUCCACGCGCAGCUCCCACCGACCCUCUCGCGCGCGUUCCGGAGCCCGGAGCACAUCGCGACAGACUUCCUGCCGUAUCUGGUGCGGCUGGUCUCGCCCGACGUCAAGCCCGUCGUGGUCGGCGGCAGCAGCGACAAGACGGGCGCCGUCGCGUCUGUCCGCCGAGAGGCCGAGAAGGCCAUGGUCCGGCGCGCCGCGCUGGUGCUAGCCGAGGUGGGCAUCGCGCUGCACAGGGGCAAGAUCGAACAGGCGGAUGCCGCCGGCGCCGGAGUCGGGCGCACCCAGUGGGUUUAUCGCAUGGAGCCCGACCUCGACGCCCUCGCGACCUUCGAAACCGCCGCGGACCUGCACGCCCUGACCCCGCCGACCCGCUACGCCGUGCGCCAGGUCCUCGACCAGGAGCUGCAGAAGACCCUCGCGGCCCGCGAGUCCGAAGCCCGCCAGGCGCGCCUGCGCGCCGCCCCCGCGUCGUCCUCGUCUUCUUUGGCUGUCGCUGCCGCUGCGGGCCAGGGCCAGGGCCGUGUCGGUGGUGCUGCUGGUAGUGCUGGUGGUGGUGGUGGUGAUGAAAAGGAGGAGGAGGAUAAGGAGAAUCGCGGCGGUGUUGGGAUGGGCAGGAACGGGAAGAGCUGGAAGGGUAAUGGUGAUGGUGGUGGUGGUGGUGGGGUGAGGAGGGAUUUCUUUGGGAGGGUGGUGGCGGUGGAGAGCGCGCUGGCGGAGGGGGAUGGGAACGCGAGGAGGAGGAAGGACAGGCGAGGUGCUGCGCAGGGCGCCGGCAAGGUGUGGGUUACGUACCAUGAGGGCAUCAAUAACGCCGUGCGGAAGCCAAUUUCGCUGGAGGAGUUUAUGAGGGGGUUCUGAGGAGGCUAGUGUCGUCAGAGGAGGCUAUUGUUGUCACGGCAGUGUGGUAAGCUUCGGGUUGGGAAGAAGAGGAACGGGGUUCGCGCGGAUGAUAUGUUGGUUGGAUGGCGAGAGCGUGGUUGUUUAGUGAAGAUAAAUAAACGGAGAUUCAUGGAGUACGUGGCACAUCUUUGCGUAUUCUGCAGUCACUUGUUAACGGGAAAGACGGUGUUCAACGCAAGGGUCGAGCAUCAUGCCGGCAUGUCGUCGGUCAAUGACCCACUUUCAGCCUCGGCCCGACCGGGUUGCGGCGA